AUGCGCGUUACGAGCAAGAUCUACACUUUUGGCUCGAUUUUCUUGUGUCUUUUUCUAGUUGCCACAGUCGUGUCGAAUUUUAAAAGCAGUGAAACAACAAGAGACAGAAGCAAACGAGAUAUCAAAUCGAAGAAGAUAGUCGCCAACGAUUUUAUUCCAGAAGCAUUUUUCAGAGAAAGACAACACUCGGGCAAAACAACGACUCCUAGUUUUUCUGAAGACACCCUACUUCAUAGCUUUAAAUGCCCAGAGACGGAGAAUGAUCUUGUUCUUGUGACGACGAAUGCGAGGAAUCCACAAAAACUCCACCGUCGAUUUUAUUCCAAAUACCCCGUCGAGGUCCGCUUUCUCAUCGGCUUUACCGAAGACCCUCUUCCAACCGACUUCGACGAUUACGUCAUCGGCAGCUACAACGAAACGUACGAGAACCUCUACCUCAAGACUGGUUCCGCAUUUGAAUUCGUCAGCAAAUGCGGCCUUUCAAAACAAAAAGUGACGAUGGUCGACGACGACACGAUCUUCUACGCUGGCGACAAGAUGCCAGAUGAAGACAUUGUCUGCGGCUACCGGCUGAAUUCGAUGACAGAAAAAAUGACCACCGGUAAGUGGGCGCUUACCGAGCAGCAAUGGCCGUCAGGCGUCUAUUUCCCUGGAUAUUGCGGCGGCGCUUGUAAAACGCUGUCGGCUGAGACGAUGAAGAACAUCUACUCUGUUUCCAUCCGCUAUUCGAACAAUAAUGUCACAUUCGAAGACUUGAUGUACACCGGAAUCUUCCGCGUCAUGGCAGGACUGCCAACGCCGUUGCACGCACCUGAGCUUUGUCGACACUACAACGGGAACUAUAUCAACCUCAACUGGGGAAUGCAUCUUUACUUGAAAGAAAACGGCUUGGAAGACUUUUCAGAAGAAGAAAGUCGGAGAUAUCCGCUCUCAGAAAACUCAAAAAUGAUAACAGCCGGAAAAACAAGAUUAUGA